AUUUCUGUCUGGACAAAAUCCGUUGAAGAUGGGUUUGGCGCUAGCAGCACUGGUCCUGUUUUCAACCGUGUCUAUCGGUCUUUGUGAGAAUUAUGCGAACACUAAAAUCGACUGCAUAGAAAAUACACGCAUUGGGGUUCCAUCAAAAUUAAUGUGUGGAGUAUCUGGAAAGAUCAGAGAUGAACUUCAAUGGGUGUCGCCACACGGUGAUGUGAUUAUUUGUGAGCGUGACAAAGCGUGUAAGGGCAUAGACCGUAAGCCGAGGAAACGGUACGUAAGUUGGAUGAGGUCGAACAGCGAUUACGUUCUGUUAAUAUUGUACUACGAGAAAUAUUACGAAGGAGUUUGGCAGUGCAGGGAUGGAUUCACUGGUAAAGCAUCUAGCUGCAUGAAGAAAACAGUGGGAGGAUAUAAUGACCCUAGUGCAGAGCGCAUGUCUGCUGGCUUGAGUGGAGUGGCUGUAGCCGGAAUCUGCAUUGGUCUGUUACUGGCACUGGCCCUUCCGUUGGCGGUGGUCGUUUACAAGAGGAAAAAAAAAAAUAACAACAGAGAAGCUGACCAGAAUGCAGGAGAUAUUGAACUUGAAGAUGAAGUAGUAAAUAAUGAUGGAAUAGAUCAGUUAGUAAAUAAUGCUGGCCUAGACCUAGCAGUAAAUAAUGAUGGCCUAGACCAAUCGGAGAACGCUGUAGUAUAACGCAGCAAAGAAUAAAUUUCUAAACCAAUCUGAGCAUGCUGUACUAUAACGAAGCAAAUAAUUAAUUCCUGGACCAAUCGGAGAACGCUGUACUAUAAUGCAGCAAAUAAUAAAUUCCUGGACCAAUCGGAGAAUCUGUACUAUAACGCAGUGAGAGCUUAGCCAUACUUUGAACAACUGAACAAUUAUACAUAAUCAUAUAAAUUAUGGGGGUUGGGGGGGGGGGGGGGGGGUGGGUUUUAUUUUGUUGUUUUUUCGGGGAUGUGGGAGGGUGGGUGUUCUUAUAUUUAUAAAAACUCAUGGCGAGCUUAGCCAUUCGUUGAACAAGUGAAUGAUUUAAAAUUAUUAUGCUUUUUGUUUUAUAUUUUUCAAACCCAGAGUGAAAUUAGCCAUUCUUUGAACAGCUGACCCUGGUGCAGGUGGCAUUGCAUUAAUUUUCAAGUUUGUACAAUAAAACACAAUCAUAUGUAACAUGCCAUAGUAUCCACCUCCAUAAAGGAUCACUUUUAAUGUACAGCAAUUGUGCCUUCUGUCAAUUGUAAUGCAUUUGCAAUAUAAAUUCAUAAAAAUAAUAAUAAUAAAA